AUGGACAACUCACCACUUAACCGCUUUCCAGCGAGGGUCCGCACCAGAAUCUACAAGCUUGCGCUGGUCGACCAGAAGGAUAUCCACAUCAACCUUCUCGACGACUCGGCGAAGGCGAAGGCAAAUGUUAUGCCAAUCAAGAUCCCCAAACGUGUUAGGCGCGGACCAGUCGGUCCACUUCAAGGACUUCCGCAGACAUGCAAGGCGCUCCGGCAGGAGACACACAAGAUGUGUCUCGCUGAGAACAAGCUCAUCUGCUAUACACACCACCUCGAGAGAACGGCUUCUGGCUUAGCAGCCGAUCAGGAGGGGGGCCGCAUCUACUACCACCAAGUCCUGGCACUGACUGGGCUGGAAGAGGCGCCUCAGCAAAGUUGCCCUUUUUACAAGGAUACAUGA